GCAUCGUAACAGACGCAUUCGAAUCCGGGCGGUUGCAUUAUAUUGAUCAUAGACUAAAAUAACUUUUUUAUUAUUUUUUUAAUAAACCACAAACACGUACCGUACAAGUGACAGUGUGGAGAUCGUUGAGAAUUUGGCUUGUGACUUGAUUUUCAAUUUCAAAGAGCCAACCAACGAUACAAAAAUGACUCUAGAACAGCCGACAGGUGAGAUGUGGCAGAAGAUCCGCGAAGAACUGAACGAGAAGCCGGAGGGCAAGGAACAAGAUCUCGAGCACAUCAAGGAGUGGCUCAAGAAGGAGCCACAUCUACCUGAUGAGUUUGAUGACCAACGCAUCAUGACCUUCCUGCGUGGCUGCAAGUUCUCAUUAGAAAAGGCCAAGCGUAAGCUGGACAUGUACUUCACAAUGCGAUCAGCUGUCCCGGAGUUCUUCGAUAACCGUGACGUCAUGCGCCCGGAGUUGCAAGAGAUUUUAAAUAUCGUACAAAUGCCACCUCUACCAGGUCUUACCCCAGACGGUCGACGAGUCAUUCUUAUGAGAGGUGUCGACAAAGAUGCUCAGACGCCAAACGUGGCUGAUGCGUUUAAACUGGCUCUGAUGCUGGGUGACGUCAGACUGGCUGAGGAAAAGGAGGGCGUUGCUGGAGACAUCUACAUCCUGGACGCGUCGGUCGCCACGCCAACUCACUUCGCUAAGUUCACACCAACCCUGGUGAAGAAGUUCCUCGUCUGUGUACAGGAAGCUUACCCAGUAAAACUGAAGCAAAUCCACGUAAUCAACGUGUCGCCCCUGGUGGACAAAAUUGUAAACUUCGUCAAACCUUUCAUUAAGGAAAAGAUCAGAGACAGGAUCUUCCUUCAUUCGGACACCAACGAGUUAUACAAACACGUACCCAAGGAAAUGUUGCCCGCUGAAUACGGCGGCAAUGCUGGACCUAUGGACGAACUACACAAUGCGUGGGUGAAGAAAUUAGCUGAAUACAAAGAUUGGUUCGCGGCACAAGAGAGUUACAAAGCAAACGAAGCUCUCAGACCUGGCAAGCCGACCAACUACGAUGAACUGUUCGGUAUCGACGGAUCCUUCCGUCAACUUGUCAUCGAUUAGAUGUCAAAGAGCUCUUACGAAGUAAACAAUUACAUUUCGUAACAAUUUUUAACCGAUGUAAUUCUUUACGUAGGAUGUGUCAAAUGUAUUAAAUUAAGAUCUCAGAUACGAAUGUCGUCAAAUUAACACUCAUUUCAUUACAAAUAAUGACAUUUUAAAUCGGUUGCAUUUUCUAUCGCUUCUUUUUACCAUAUUUUUGGUAAGUUAAUACCAAAUGCUUUGUCAACCAAAGUUAUGUGUGCUCAGUUAUGUGCUUAUUAUGUUGAUUGAAGGUGUAGUAUUGUUAUUGUUUAAAGCAUUUUCUAAAUAAAGUUAUUUCUUUUUA